AGCGUCACAGUGGCGGAUGUCACAAUGCGGAGCCGUGAUCGAGACCCUGGUUCCUGAGCGAUCGCGCUAAGUAAUCACCGAUACGUCAUUCCGCGACUUUACAAAUCGCAUCCCACAAGGUGUAAAAUUCGUGAAAUCUCAAAGAGUGAGGCAGGGGGAUGAAGAGGGCUGUGCUGCUAUUGAAUAAAUCAAAAGGGCGCUGCUGUCAGGCUUGAAUGGUGCCGCCCUUACAAAUCCGCAGGAUGACUCUUUGAUGUGGCUGUACACUUCAAACUAUGGCACGAACGAAACAGACCAGUCUACUGACUGAACCCGAUGUUCGUCAUCGAUAAAGGAAGAAUUCCUGCAAUAAGUAGGCAGCGUCUUUCCCUUCUCUAGAAUUCCAAACCUAAAUCAUAAAAAAAAGUUCUCGCCACGGCACGAUGUCUGUCGCGCCAACACGUGAGCACGUGGCCAGCCCUACGGCUCCAACAGCCGCCGAUCCCGAAAAUAUCCCUGCGACACAAUACCUCAGCAACGGCGCCAUCAACCGCAGCGCAGGCCUCAACAAGCGCGACCUGCGAAAGCAGAAGAAAGCCCACAACUUCCCCCCAACGCCGCCAGACACAUCCUCCGAGACCGACGCACCCGCCGCCAAACCCCCCAAAGCGCGCAAACAACCCAAACAACCCACCGCCCCCGCAAACCCGGACGCAACAGCGUCGAUACCCCAAUUCCUCGCCGCCGACAUGCCGCCCGCAGGCCCCCUCCCACUGCUCAUCUGCAGCAUCGGCAACCCGGGCGCCGCAUACGCAAACACCCUGCACUCGGCGGGCCACAUCGUAACCAGCUACAUCGCGACGCGCAAGUCGUACCAGCCGUUCACAAAAGGGCUCUCGGGGCUCGUGUCGCGGCCGGACAACACGACCUUCUCGCUGUCGCUGCUCGGCGGGUACGCGAAGACGCAGGGCGGCCCGCCCGAAGACGACUGGACGUUCUGGCAGUCGGUGGCGCUGAUGAACGUCAGCGGCGUGGGCGUCAAGAAAGCGUAUGCCGCGUGGCUGGCGGAGUUGAAGCGCAGGGACGGCGCGGCGCAGGAGGGCCGGCUGGUGGUUGUGCAUGACGAGCUGGAGUCGGCGCUGGGGAAGGUGAGUGUGCGAGAGAGCGGGGCGAGUGCGCGGGGGCACAAUGGGUUAAAAAGUUGUCAGCAGCAGUUGGGGGCAGUCAAGUGGUGGCGCGUUGGAGUUGGGAUUGGGCGGCCUGAGAGCAGGGAUCCGAACGUGGUGUCGCGGUAUGUGUUGGGGAAGAUGGGGUCUGCGGAGAGGAAUGGACUGGAGAGGGCGGCGCCGGCGGUGGUGGAUGCGUUGAGAUUGAUUGCGUUGAAGUAGAGUGGUUUGUGCAUUUGAAGCUGCGUCUACGAGCGUUUCAUUCCACAUCUAGUCUUGUUGUACGAUCGACGAGGGAAAAAGAUACCCAUAGACAUUGCAUAGAGAGCCAAGGAAGUAUAUCAGAACCAUUAACGCGUUACCGC